UUUGUCAAUCGCUCAAUCUUUCCUGUGAACAUUAGGAGGUGUCUCCUCGCUCCCACGGCCGUCAGAUUUGGCAAGUCCGCCCUGAAGACACCACCUCUGUCCCGGGUCCCUCCAGCCGAAACUUUUCCUGCUGGGUUUUCCACCAUGGCGACGAGUGCGAAGCGAAAGCAGGAGGAGACUCACCUAAAGAUGCUCCGGGAAAUGACUAGCCUGCCCGCGAAUAGGAAAUGCUUUGACUGUGACCAACGCGGCCCGACCUAUGUCAACAUGACAGUGGGUUCCUUCGUCUGCACCACCUGUUCCGGGAUCCUGCGAGGUCUGAACCCCCCCCACAGAGUGAAGUCCAUCUCCAUGACCACGUUCACACAGCAGGAGAUCGAGUUCCUACAGAAACACAGCAACGAGGUCUGUAAACACAUCUGGUUGGGCCUCUAUGACGACAGGACAUCAGUUGUUCCAGAUUUCCGAGAACCACAAAAAGUAAAAGAGUUCCUUCAGGAAAAAUAUGAAAAGAAAAGAUGGUACGUUCCUCCAGACCAGGUGAGAGCUGUAUCAAGUGUUCAGGCCUCCAUCUCUGGGUCUUCAGCAAGCAGCACCGGCAGCACCCCGGAGGUCCAACCUCUAAAAACCCUCCAGCUCAACAAGACACCGUUACGCCAGUCUCCAGGUCUGGCUCGCUCCCAGGCUCAUGGUUCUGCUCAGGAGAAGAAGUUUGACCUGCUGUCGGACUUGGGCGGAGACAUUUUUGCUGCUCCACCAACUCAAACUGCCACUUCUUCCAACUUUGCCAAUUUUGCACAUUUUCCAAGCAAGUCAGCUCCUCAGGGUAAUUCUAAUGCCAACUUUGCCAACUUUGAGGCUUUUGGAAACACUACAGUUCCUGCCAAUCUGAGCACGUCACCUCCCUCAAAGUCUUUUUCAUCAGGGGGAGGAGUGCCAAUUCCAUCCAUGUCUGGUGUCGUGGCUGCUCAACCCCAGACGGGGAGGAGCUCAGAGGACCGCUACGCUGCAUUGGCUGAGUUAGACAACGAGCUCGGCUCCUUUGCCUCCACGGGCAGCGCCGUGCAGGGGAACCUUUUUGGACCCGUCCUCGGUUCAUCGCCGGCUCAGAAUCCAUCUGUUUUAGCCAGCAUGCAGCCUGGCUUUGGAGCUGUUCCCUCCACAAAUCCUUUUGUUGCCACAGCAGUCAUUCCAGAGAUGGCCACCAACCCGUUCCAGGCCAACGGCAGAGCUCCAGCUGCAGCCUCGUUUGGUACUGGCUCUAUGAGCAUGCCCGCCGGCUUUGGGAAUGCGUCUUCCUACUGCCUCCCGACCAGUUUCAGCGGAAACUUCCAGCAGCAGUUUCCCGGCCAGGUCCCCGUCCCUUACACUCAGCCAGGGGCCUAUCACCCUCAGUCUAAUGGCCCUGCAUUCCCAGUCUACGGUCAGAACAAGCCCUCGAUUGCACCCUUUGGGCAGCCRGUGGCUGUCCCUGGCAUGUCUAAUAACCCAUUUAUGACAGGAGCACCAGCCGGGRCAUUCCCUACAGGAAGUUCCUCCACCAACCCUUUCCUGUAGCACAACCCCUGCUUUGUGCCACCAGAGGGCAGCAUGCAGCACAUAUUCAACGCACCUGUUCCUUCACGCCAUUAGCAGCAGUACAUUUCUUAAAGACUUCUAUUUUUUUCCAUAAAGGUUUACAACACUAUGAAGGAGUACAAACAAAUAUAUUCAAGACUACAAAGAAAUAUAUUCAAGACUAAGGGACAUUUGUGGGGGAAAUGUAUUGUUUGGACUAUAUACUAUUACAUGCUUUUUAUUUUUUUGUUAAAACUGUAAGCUUGAUGCAUAUCACCAUUUGUAAUCACAAAUAAGUACAUGUAAUGUAUAUUGAGGACUGAAUUUAGCAAGUAUCCUUAUUUUCAAAUAUUGUAUUUAAAAAAAAUCUAGAAACAAAACACUAGAAAUUACAGACAAGAUUAAUAACAGGGUUCUAUUCAAAUCCAUAAACAGUGGAUUAGGCUGCUGUUUCAUUUCUAUAAAGGGAUUUUUGAUUAUUUUAGGGGCCUAUUGCCAUCAGCACAAACGGUUUCUGAAAGAUAAACACAAAGCCACAAAUACCACGUGACAACAAUAUUGAACUACAAGGCAUCAUUUUAAAUACUGUUACUGCAUAUGAAAUUAUGGAAAGAAGACUCCAUAAGUUUGGAUUCUACACUACAACAACGAUCGAGACGAGAUUUUUUUACGAGACGAGCAAAACCUGGACAGAUAAAGGGUCAGGCAUGUCUCUGAGCACAAACGGGGGAGGCAAAAAACAAAAGGGAGUGGUGUUACAAGUGCUUUUGUUUCAUUUUAACUAAUUUAUAAGUCAUUGAUAAGAUUGUUUAGUAUCCUCUAGUAACCUCAGUUCUGCUAGUUGUCAGAGAAACAUUUGAGAUAUUCACUAUAUUCUAUGAAUAACAAAGAAACUAGGAAGACUGUUACUGAAAGCUUCAGGUUUAUGGUCCACUUCGGGCUACCUCAUAAGAAGUUAUGAUCCACCUGCUGGGGUUAGUUUGAAGCCAAACAACUUUUAACAUUUAAAAUCAGAAUUUGUGACCAYUCAGUCUCGUAGUGCUCACUUAACAUCUCUCUUCUUUGCCUUAUUGAAAUUGUCAGAAAAGAAGAGCAGACUGUGGGAACUUAAAAAAAAAAAAAA